AUGGACAAGUUCAAGACAAGUUGGAUAGUGGCCAUUGUAGUUCCCGUGGUGGGGGUGAUAUUGCUAACAGGUGCUAUUAUUAUUUUGGUAAUAUGGCAGAGAGGAGGAAACUUUCGACGGUCUCGAAUUCUCGCUGAGGCUUAUGGGAAGAAUAAUACUUCGGCUUCACUAGAAGGUGAUGAUUUAACAAACAUGGCCCAGUAUGACCGAAGACCGCCAAACGGUGGAUAUGCUGGUGAGACCAUGUUCGGCCACAAACUGGUACCCGUGGCAGAAUACCGGCGGAAGCAGCAUCUCAACAAAAUGAUGACGGUCCCCGAGGCACAUGACGAUGACAUCGAGCCAUCUAAUGGGGACAGUACUACUUCAAGCGAUGCAUCUCCUCAUGGUAAAAAAGAGGAGGACAACAUAAAUGAUCCAUACGAAGAACUCAAUUUGGACAAGACUGAUUUGCACCUUGACGUCGAACGAAAUUUAUCUCAACGAUCAAGAUUCGGAUCUUUUGUGUCCAAUAUAUUCUUCGGCGGCCGCAAAUCGGCAGAUUCACAUCUACAACGUGACUAUGAGGCUCAUCCAUAUAGAGCUCGUGAAUACUCGCCAGAAAAUGUCAACGAAGAUGUAAAAGAGGAGAAUAAAACAAUUGAUAAUGACAAUGCAGCAAUAAUUACCCCCAGCAGCAAAGUGCUCCCUGCAUCCGAGUCGAUACCUAAGCAAUAUGGAUUUUCAGAGUCGGUCGACAGUAGCAGCAGCAGCUCGCCAGCACCUCGCAUUUCCUUCCAUAUUAACCAAAUGUCUUCAUUCCUGCCAUCUGAACUGCUUUUCGACAAUAAUAGCGAGAAUAACUCGCUUUAUUCGUUCACACAUAGCACCAGAAGCCACAAGAAGCUGCAAAGACACAGUGGAAGUAAUCAGUCUGCAGCGGGAUUCAGCAUUGCUAGUAAUGGUACUUCUGCAUUUUCAGUGGGCAGUGUACCUGGCAAACGAGGCAGUUCAUCCAACUUAACACCAGCAAGAAAUGUCAAGCUUCAGUCACCAUUGUUCAAAGAAGACUCUCGGCCCAUUCGAAGACGACGGUCGUCAUUAACCCAUCGAGGCUGUAAUACCCCUUCAAGUGCGAGAUCCACAAAUGGAGACUCGCCAUCAGCAUCUGGCUCGACUGGAUCGAGUCUCAAACAGGCCACAAUAUUGACAGCCAGUCGACUGGUGCUAGAUAAACCUCUGCCCGACAGACCAGACGACAAUCCACACACAGCAGUUCCUGCUUCUCAUAGAAUGGGACUCGUUCCACCAGCACGGUCGCCUAUAAGAUCGCCGCUAUCUCUUCAGACAGAUUCAGAAGUCAGGCAGUCACCUCCACCAAAAUUCAGCAAAAACUCUCCACAUUCAUCGGCCCGGUCAUCGCCUCUAAGGGUAGCCAACUUCAGGCCACCAUCCAUAACUCCAUCUCCAGGUAGCUCAGUCACUGCAGUGACGGCGAAAACAUCACAGACGCCAGACUCCAUCUCUGGUAGCAUGAAACAACGAAGUACUAUAGCCAGCGAUGCGUCCCUACCUCUAGCACCUCCUCCACCAAUGCCGGUUUCUGCUGAGCAGAACAUGCAAGAAGAAGGUGUAGUAGCGGUGGUAGAGCAGAUUUGCAGAGUAGCAACCUCGUUCAGACCCAAACUUUACGAUGAAUUAACAUUAAAUAGAGGCGACAAAGUGGUGGUGUUCAAAUUGUUCGACGACGGCUGGUGUACCGCGCAAUAUCUCGACGACUAUCUCAAGGGAAGCAAAAACCACGGCGUCUGCCCUCAGGGCUGUUUAACUCCUAUAUAA